UAAGAAAAAUGGGUCUCGGUAAUUAACAGUUGAUUAGGUUUAGGCACUCACUUUUCACUUUCAGAAUUCUGGUGGACAAAAUAAUUAAUCCUGUAACUUUCGAUAAAGUGUCCUAUGAAAAAGUUGGUAAAUUCCAUAAAUACCCUCCCCGAACAAAUGAGUGAGAAAGUGAAAGUAUGAGAGAUUACCGCAACGGUUGUUCACGCUGUUUGGAAGACUGAGUCAGUGAAUGGCAAUGGCCUGAACAGAUUCUGAGAUCCGGUCUAACGGCAUGUGCAACAACCUCAUACAGCUUCAUUAUAAAAAUCCCAACCAACAACAAUAAACAAAUCCACUGCGGAACUACAUGGGUGGCAAUGGGAAGCACAGAUGGAAAAUCUCCUUUCACCGCUCUUCUUCUCAAUCCUCUAAGCACGACCCUAAGCUCCCUCCCAAGGAAUUUACGUGCCCCAUUUCGGGCUCCUUAAUGUCCGACCCGGUUGUCGUCGCUUCGGGUCAGACCUUCGAACGCCUCGCCGUUCAAGUCUGCAAGGACCUCAACUUCUCCCCCAAACAAGAAGACGGAACCCGACCCGAUUUCUCAACGGUAAUCCCCAACUUAGCCCUCAAAACUACAAUCCUCAACUGGUGCGACAAAUCCCGCUCCCAGCACCCGCGCGCACCCGAUUACGCCUCCCUCGUGGGCCGCGUCAGGCAAGAAAUGGCUCUUUCAGUGGAACGAAACCAGCAGGACGAACGACAAGAACGAAUUAGGGUUUCCGAAAAGGAGCUUCUCAACGCGGUCGCUGAUAAUCCUCCCGUCAUUUUCUCCCACGCCGCCACUGAGUUGAGCCCCCGACUCAACCACUUCAACUCGGGAUCCUCCUCCGAGGAAUCCGUCAUCAUUCCGCCCAGUCCGGGGACGCCGUUGCCGUUUACUGUUCGUCCAACCUGCUUCUCCUCCUCCUCCUCCUGCGAGAUUGAAAUUGAAAACCCUAGCGCGCCGGUUUCGGAGGAAGAGGAAAGAAUACUGAAGAAAUUGAAGAGCAGCGAGGUGUUUGAGCAAGAGGAAGGCGUAAUCGCGCUGAGGAAGAUCACGAGGAGCAAAGUGGAGGCUAGGCUCUUGCUCUGCACGCCGCGGGUGCUGCUGGCGCUGCGCGGUUUGAUCGCAUCGCGGUAUGGCGUUGUUCAGGUCAACGCGGUGGCGUCGCUGGUCAACCUCUCGCUGGAGAAGCAGAACAAGGUGAAGAUAGUGAGGUCAGGGUUUGUUCCGUUUUUAAUCGAUGUUUUGAAGGGGGGAUUGGAUGAGUCGCAGGAGCACGCUGCGGGCGCGCUUUUCAGUUUAGCCUUGGAUGAUGAUAAUAAAAUGGCCAUUGGCGUUCUCGGCGCGCUGGAGCCGCUGAUACACUCGCUGCGUGCCGAGUCCGAGAGGACUCGGCAUGACUCGGCCCUCGCUUUGUAUCAUCUGAGCCUUGUUCAGAGUAACCGAGUGAAGCUGGUGAAACUCGGGGCGGUGCCGACGCUUUUGUCCAUGGUGGUGGCGGGGAACUUGGCGAGCCGGGUGCUGCUGAUUCUGUGCAACCUGGCGGUGUGCACGGAGGGGCGCACGGCGAUGCUGGACGCGAACGCGGUGGAGUGUCUGGUGGGGCUGUUGAGGACGAAUGAGUUGGACUCGGAGGCGACUCGGGAGAAUUGCGUGGCGGCGCUGUUCGCGCUGAGUCAUAGGAGCUUGAGGUUCAAAGGGUUGGCGAAGGACGCGAGGGUUGUGGAGGUUUUGAAGGAGGUUGAACAAACGGGAACGGAGAGGGCCAGGGAGAAGGCCAGGAAGGUGUUGCACAUGUUGAGAACUGUGAGCGAUGGAGGUGAUGAUGAAGGUGACGAAUUUUACGACUCGGCUGGGUUGACGCGGAAUCGUUACCGAAUUGGUGCUGCCAGGAACCACAACAUCCUCAACACGACCACGUUUUAGGUUUUGAUUUCUUUCUGGUUUAGUUUUUCCACAAUAUUUGUUGGUUUAGGUUUUGUAGGAAAAUGUGGUGGAAAGGAUGAAUAGGAAACUAGUUUACAUGGUUUUGCUGGGUGUAAAUCAUGGAGGUGGUAAACUGGCAAUCUCAAACUCAUUCUGUUCUAUUUUCUUUUAUUUUUUAAUUUUGGUUAUUGUUGAUGGGCGUUAUAUUACAAUCUGUAUGUAAUCAGGGUUUAGGUGAAUUUUGGGUUGGAUGUUAGUGUGUACAUAAUACUUACUGUCUAGUGUCUGUUUCAGUAAACAUAAAUGAGAAAACAGAGUUCUGUAGAUUGAUUUGUGAAUUCACUGGAUUGGUUGUGUUUACAUGUAAAGGUAUAAACUAUGAGGAACAUCGUCAGUUUCUUUU